AACGCGCGUGGCUUGCAGGAAGACCACGGCCGCAGCAGCCUCUGCUCUCUCGCGUCUCAACCCCUCUCCCUCUCCGACGAUUCGAAGCCACUUCCGAUGCCGGCGAUCGCCUGCGGCGCCUGCGCGGCUGCCUUCCUCUCCUCCGCCCACGCCCGUAGCCCUCCGCCGCCUUCCGGGAGCUUCCGGAAGCUCGUCUCGCCCACCCCCAGGCGGCUAGGGCACCGGCUGGCCGCUCCUAUGGCCUCCACCGUCGACUCGCCCGGCAGUUCCUCCGACUUCGCCAAGCGCAUGGACCGCGCCUGGCUCAUCUCCAAGCAACCAAGUCCGACUUCUUGUUCAUCUUGUCAAUCCACUGGCGAUGUGGAGUGCAGGUGGUGUGCAGGCACAGGCUUCUUUAUCCUUGGCAACAAUAUGUUGUGUGAAGUACCCUCGAAGAAUACAAGAUGUGUGAUUUGCUCUGGAAAGGGCUUUUCACGUUGCGCUGAUUGCAAGGGAACCGGGUUUCGCGCCAAGUGGCUUGAAGAGCCCCCUGUUGACAAAUGAACAUCAGAAGUCAACCAUAAACUUUACUAUUUUACAGUACCUCUGUCCAAAUUCCUCUGUUUGUAAACGAUGGCACAGUAAUCAUUUUGUGAUUGCGUCGGUUCCAUCGAUGGGGGUGAAAUGGUGUCAGUUUUUCAAUAUAUCUUUUGUGUAAGAAUGUGAAUAAUGUUUCUAGCUCCUGUCCCAUCAUAUCCCUCUAACCAAAUGCCACCCUGUUCUCCGAAGCAGAGCUUGAUCUGUUGCUGCAGAGGGUGUUUCGGAAUUUUCGCAUCAAUGAUUUCAACUUGUUUUAGUUCA